GGGAGGGAGUGAUGUGAGUGACUCUAUUUGUGCAAAGUGACGUUAGGAAAAUGCUGUCUGAGCAGUGACCAAUAGGUCUCAGUGGAGAAGUCACAUUGUACAGUGGUCGGAGAGUGAGUGUUGGAGAGAGAGAGAGAGAGAGAGAUUGUAUGUGUGUGUAUUGGAGAGAGAGACAGAGAGAGAGAGAGAAGUGGUACCUCUCAACCGCAGCAUCUUCUGCAGUGGAGGCUGUGUGAAGGCUGAUGGAGCCAUCAGCAGCUCAGCCAGAGCUCGGGGCCAGUCCAAGGAGGAAGCCCAUCCCGCCCAAGCCCCAGAAUGCCACCACCAUCGCAGUGUCGUCCAGAGCCCUCUUCAACAUGGAGAAAGAGACAAAGAUAUUCGAGGACCAGGGGGUCGAGCCUUAUGUCAAGUACCAGAUGCUGCAUGAGAAUGAGCCGUUUCCCCCAGGAGCCGCCUUUCCCUUUGUCCAGGCUCUGGAAGUUGUCAAUGCCAAGCUGCGAGAGCUGUACCCAGAAAGCGAGCAGCUCUUUGACAUUGUGCUGGUGACCAACAACCACGCACAGGUGGGUGUCCGGCUGAUCAACACCAUCAACCACUAUGGGCUCAUGGUGGAAAGGUUUUAUAUGACUGGCGGCCGGAGUCCAAUUGACUAUCUGAAAGCUUCGCACACUGACCUGUAUCUGUCCGCAGACUCCGAGAAAGUACAGGAUGCCAUUCAGCAAGGCAUUGCAGCUGCCACUAUUUUUAGCCCAAAUCAAGAUCUGAGUUAUUCGGAGAAUCAACUGAGGGUUGCUUUCGAUGGAGAUGCUGUACUUUUCUCAGACGAAUCCGAACAAAUCGUUAACGAACUUGGAUUAGAUAAAUUUUUUGAACAUGAACAAGCAUAUGAAAAUGAACCAUUGGCAAAGGGACCACUAAAAGGCUUUUUGGAAUCGUUGGGAAAGUUGCAGAAGAAAUUUUAUGAUAAAGGCCAGCGUUUAAACUGCCCAAUCCGUACAUACUUGGUGACAGCGAGGAAUGCCGCCAGUUCAGGAGCGAGGGUUCUGAAGACGCUCCGCACCUGGGGUCUGGAGACGGACGAAGCUCUCUUCCUUGCUGGUGCUCCCAAAGGACCUCUGCUGCAAAAAAUUCGUCCUCAUAUUUUCUUUGAUGACCAAAUGUUCCACGUCGAGGGAGCAAACGCAAUGGGAACUGUUGCAGCUCAUGUUCCCUACGGGGCUGUGAAAAGGCCCAAGUGAAUAACGUCCGAGUGAGGUGCUUUGAGACACUACCCCGCGUGGAAGGGCGCUCUGUAAAUGCAAGUCGUUGUUUGUUGCUUUGAAUAGAGUCAAAGGGCCUUAAAGAGUCAGGGGCAGGUUUGAUAGAAUCUUGUGGCAAUACAUGUCCUGUGCCGGAGUUCAUGGCAGAGAAAAAAGACAAGUGCAAUAUAAUUAACAUAAGAUGAAUUGUAAUGGUAUUACUGUAAUAGCUGACGUUUCUCAGUAUUUUCUCUGCUAUAGAGUGAAAAUAUGGUAGUGGAGCAGCAAUCCUACUUUAGUGGCCAUGGCCUCUUCAUCCUCUACCAAAACCCCUCUUGUAACUUUGUGCAGUGUCUGGUUUCAGCUAAUUGAAUUGAAUACACUCUGGAGCCAUAUGUGCUCACUACAAAAACUAAAACUCAGUUCAUUAAUGCACUUUACAGCAUGUGUCCUGAUGACAUGAAAGUUCCAAACCAAAUGUAAGGAUUAUUAUAUUAUUGUUAUUAUAUAAGAUUGAAAUUCUGGGAGCCAAAUAUUGGAGUAGUUAAUAUCAGUUUGUUUUUUUAUACCAGUUCAAUUGCGCUCAACUAUUCUGUACAUUUCCCUCAGAAAUUUACAGCGAAUGGGAAGUGCUGCAGACAAUCACAGCCUGACAUCUAAGUGGCCCUCUGACAAUCUAGUUUGCAAGACCAACAAGAACUAUGGAAUAGGGAAGAGUUACCCAAAGAUGGAGCACAGAGUGAUCAACUAACCGCAUAAAGAGUAAAUUAUUUGAAUCUUAGUUUCCCUCCAGAAGCCAGCUGUCUGCCUCGGUCACCUUUAUUGUGUGAACUGUGGGACAAGAAUAUAGCCUUGACGUAGCAGCUCUGAACAGCACCCGAGAGUUUGAAAUACUUGCGGACAUCUUAUGAGGUCAAAUUCAGUACUUCAUUACCCGUAGGACACAAUAAUCUGUGAAAGACAUUUUGCCAAAUGCCCUCAGUGAGAAGUACAGAAAAUAUUUAGGAACGGAUAUAAUAAUAAAUAAUAAUAAUCCUUGCAUUUGAUAUAGCGCUUUUCAC